AUGGGUAAAAGAAAAUCAAGUUCCAGUAAACCAGCUAAAAAGGUGAAACAAACCUUAGAUAUUACCUUCACAUGUCUUUUUUGUAAUCACGAAAGAUCGGUCAUUUGUACCUUAGAUAAAAAAAAUGGGAUUGGUGAAUUGCAUUGCAAAAUCUGUGGACAGAAUUUCCAAUCUUCGAUUCAUUCCUUAAGUAAACCAGUAGAUAUAUAUUCUGAUUGGAUAGAUGCCUGUGAGGAUUUAGAAGAGGAACAGACUGGUAAAGGACAAGAUGGGGCGGAAGAUUUAGAGGAUUUAGAAGAGGUAGACGAAGAUGACGAGGAUUUCAACCAUAGAAGAACCAGAGAUCCGAUAUUAGAUUCCGAUGACGAAUGA